CAAAAAAUCAAGUUUUUAACAACAGAACUCAAAUUUUUGACAACAGAACUCAAAUUUUUAACAACUAAAACCAGUCUCUAAAUUAGAAACAACAAAUAGCUUCAACACUAGUGCAUUCUUGCAAAUUAUUGGGACAAAAUAAUCGUUCAAUAGUUCUGUAGCAGCGCAACCAUGGCAAACUAUGAAAAAGAAUGUAAAGAAAUGCAAUACCUUACGCAUAAGUAUGUGAGUGAGAUCACCAAAAUAUGGGAAAAACUCUUUGAACAGGAUACAUGUAGAGAUAACUUGCGCAAGCUUGUGGAACAUGCCAAUAAUUUUUAUCGUGAAUUGGUUGAUGAAUCACUGAAAAGGAAGGCCUAUAUUGAGGGCGAAAUAGAGGAUUUAAAAAAGGAGGCGGAAAACCUUAAAAGGUUACUUAAUGUUAAUGUAGAGCUGCCUUCAUAUCACUCAGAAGAUAUUCCCCUCCUAAGAAUUCAAUCAGAACUUGAUAAAAGCUUGGAGGACUUGAGAGACCAGUUAAGACUGCGCAAGGAACAAAUUUGUGAAUUGCUUUUGGAGCAAGAAGCCCUUUGCGAAGAGCUGGGAGAGCCACCACGUGCUUUACUGGCCGAUCCUUUGCCAACGGCCGAGGAGAUAGAUGAAUUCCGUAUACACCUGGACAAGCUGAGGGAUGAAAGAGCUGAACGCUUGAGCCGCGUGUCAAACAUGCGCAGGGACAUUAAGAAUUUCCUACAAGUUUUAGAGUUGAAGGUGAACACCGAAACCGAGGAUCGUUUGCUUAACCAUCGUGAGAUACCCAUGAAUAAGGAGACAUUUAAUGGUCUGAAGAGAAUGUACGAUAACUAUGGAGCCCAAGUGCAAGAAUUAAGGGAUACCAUCGACGGAAUGCGUAAUAAAAUAAGCACCCUCUGGGAUCGCCUGCAGACUUCUCCCAAUACGCGACACAAGUUUAAUCGCUACAAAGACUACAACCAACACACCUAUGAUGUCUUCUAUAGCGAAUUGCAGCGCUGUGAGCAGCUAAAGAGCCAAAAUAUCAAAUUGUAUGUGCAACAGAUAAGGGAUGAAAUCGUUCGGUGGUGGGACAAGUGCCUCAAAAGCGAAAAGCAAAGAGAACGGUUUUCCGCCUUCAGCUCAACCUGUUAUACAGAUGAUCUUUUGGAUCUACAUGAGUUGGAGUUGAAUGACUGCAAGAUGCAUUACGAGACCAACAAGCACAUUUUCGACUUAUUUGCAGAUCGCAAUAUUCUAUGGGAUCGCAUGUGUGCCUUGGAGGCAAAGGCCUCCGAACCGGGUCGCUACAAUAACCGAGGUGGGCAAUUGCUGAAGGAGGAGAAAGAACGCAAAACUAUUGCCACGAAACUUCCCAAAAUCGAGCAGCAAAUCAGCGACCUUGUGCGGGAAUACGAAGAAAGAGAGCAUUCUCCAUUCUUGGUGUAUGGUGAGAACAUAGUCGAAUUCAUGGCCAAUCAGUGGGAACGCAAACGCAAAGAAAAAGAACAAUUGCAAUCAGCCCGAAAAAAUGCGGCCAAGACGCCAGGCCUCACACCAGUUAAGCCAAAUGUCACUAUGCGCACCCCCAUGUCGUUGAAAAAUGCAUCGACAGCGUCCUCGCUGCGCAAAACACCUUCAACCACAAAUCUAACAAGUCAAAUAGGCAUAUCCUCCCAAAAGCGUAAACUGAAUCCGGUGGAAAAACACACGCCAAUGGCCAAACGUAGUCUAAUGCAGGCCUUGAAUAGUCCAAGCAUAUUUCUCAAGCCAUCCACCACAAAAAAUACCCUGCCGCAAUCAAAAUUGUUAGGCUCGGCGUCCAAAGUUUCCGCAUUUAAAUCGCCUUUGAAGAAAGCCAAAGUUAUAGGAACCACUUUAAAGCGUAAGAGUGGUCGACUUAGUGCAGGCACGAAAAAGCGAAGAUCUAUGAAUAAGAGUGGUACGGCGGCUCGUAAUAUACCACGCAUUGUAGUGCAGGAUUGUGCCUCAUCAGAUGGUUAUACCACGGACAAUACAGCCGACGAUACCUAUGAUUCAUUCCAGAAAUGCAUUGAACCAGCAUCUAGAUCAUCCAUAAUACAAAACACCACCACACAAUCGUCCAGCAGUAGUGCAACGAUGCGAAAUCGUCGCAUGCAAAAAAUGGUAAUGGAUGAAAAUGCACGUCUGGCAAAAUUGCCUAGACCACGGCCAAUUAGCAGGACUCCUUCGAAGCAGAAUUUAACCCAUCACAGUAAUAGCACCAACAUAACCAGAACUCCAACGAAUGCACACUCGCCGGUCUCAUGUUCGACGGGUCGUAAGUUAACCACAAAAAAUUUGCCCAUUAUUAUUUAAGGACGUUUUUAAAGAUACAGCCAGAGUCUCUAGUUUAUAGUAUUUUUUAUGUUGUUUGUAAUACAUGGUGUUAGGUGUUUUAUGUUUUUUUUUCAAAUUUGUAAAAUUGAAGGCAAGAACGAUGAUUUUUUGGUUUAGUUAAGGGGAAAAAGGUAAAAUAUGAACAUUUUGUAUAUUUUCCUUAAACCUUAGACGCUUCUUUAUACGAGGCUACUUAGUGUGCCUGUUUUUAUUUUAAUUUCUUAUUCGAAUUUUGACUAUUAAUAUAACUUGACACUAUCAACACUUCAAAUAAUGUUAAAAACGUUUUUAAUAAAUUAAAUGAAUAAAACAAUCGGCAGACAGGAUAACAUACUUUCGGGUUCCUGUAAAACCCAUUUUGAGGGUACUAUUUUGCCUAUAUUAAGCUUUCAAAUCAAACUUUGGUACAAACCUUUCGAUAUUAAUUGCUACCGUCAAGUUCCUUAUCAUGUUGUGGAAGUAAAACAACGCCCUACUAACAUUCUAAUCAUUGGGGCUUGAAAAAUUAUGACAUGAUUUCAAGCUAAAAGUUUUCUUUUUUAAUAUGACUUUUCGUCAAAAUAUGUUCUGAUAUAUUGUUAGAUAAUUUUCAGAUAUAUUCUUAAAAAUUAAUGAACCCUUAUCAGUUAUAGUUCUAACAUUUGUUAGUUGUCUCUUUUACAAGCUUAAAUAAAGGAGAAUGGGAAUGGGUUAAAAUGCAUUGCGCCUUAGCGCAAAUGUUAACGAAAAGCUCGAUCAAAACAUGAGACAUUUUUACAUAAUUUCAAAUUUAAGUUUAAAGAAAUAUUAAAGAGCUAAACAUCUUUUCAAAAUAAGUCCAUGCCCUAAACUUUCGGUCUAUAGAUUUCAGUUUUGAGCCCCAGUGCCCCGUUGAGGCUUUGCUAUAAAAAGAAAACCAUUAAUCAUUGAGCUAACUUUAAUCGAUUCGAGAAAAUUUCAUAAAAAUUUGUCUUAAAAGAAAUUUCAUGAAAAGUUUUGUUUGUAGAGAUAAUUUCAGGGAAAAUUUUUGUCUUUGGAGGAAAUUUCAAGAAGAUUUUGUCUUUAAAAAAAGGCUGUACUUUUGUUUGGCAAAAAUUUCAGCAAUAUUUUGUUGUCACAGAAAUUUAGUAUUUAGAGAAAAUUUCAUGGAAAGUUUCUUUUUAUAGAUACAAUUUUUAGAUACAAUUACAGAAAAAAUAUCCCUGAAAAAAUUUCCAUAAAACUUUCUCUAAAGACAAAGUCCUUUACAUACUCGCUUACAAAAUCUUAAGUCUAUUGUGGUACCAUAGUAGGGACAAGCUAAGGCCCCUGGUAGGAUCGAAAUGGCAAUCGGAGAACGCUACCAACUCGGUAAUCGGGGCGCUUCAAAAUUCCCGUUAAAUUGUCUUCUUCUCUUUAGAAAACAUUUUCGGGAAAUUUUUUGUCUGGAGAGAACAUUUUUUUAAUAAAUUUUGUUUUCUUUUAAGAGAAGAUUUUCGGGAAAUUUUGUCUUUAGAGAAUAAUUACGGGAAAUUUUU